UCCGGACGAGCCGGGGGGGCGGGACCGUGGCGGAGGCUGGAGCUUGGCGUCGGGAUGCAGCGCCCCGGGCCCUUCAGCACCCUCUACGGGCGGGUCUUGGCCCCGCUGCCCGGGCGGGCCGGGGGCGCGGCCUCUGGCGGAGGCGGGAACAGCUGGGGUGUCCUGGGUUCCCACGUGCAGCCUCCCGGGCGCACGCAGUCCGGGACUCGCGCCGGCGUCGGCGGUACAGGUACCUACGGCGGGGACGCCAACGGCGCCUGCCCGGCCCCCUCCACGAUGUCCAAGGCCGAGGAGGCCAAGAAGCUGGCGGGCCGCGCGGCGGUGGAGAACCACGUGAGGAAUAACCAAGUGCUGGGAAUUGGAAGUGGCUCUACAAUCGUUCAUGCUGUACAGCGAAUAGCUGAAAGAGUGAAACAAGAGAAUCUGAACCUUGUCUGCAUUCCCACCUCCUUUCAGGCCCGUCAGCUCAUCUUGCAGUAUGGCUUAACUCUCAGUGACCUGGACCGACACCCAGAGAUCGACCUUGCAAUUGAUGGUGCUGAUGAGGUAGAUGCUGAUCUCAAUCUCAUCAAGGGCGGUGGAGGCUGCCUGACCCAGGAGAAAAUUGUGGCUGGCUAUGCCAGUCGCUUCAUCGUGAUUGCCGACUUCAGAAAAGAUUCAAAGAACCUUGGGGAUCAGUGGCACAAGGGAAUCCCCAUUGAGGUCAUCCCAAUGGCCUAUGUCCCAGUGAGCCGAGCUGUGACCCAGAAGUUUGGGGGCGUGAUUGAACUUCGGAUGGCUGUCAACAAGGCGGGUCCCGUCGUGACGGAUAAUGGAAAUUUUAUCCUGGAUUGGAAGUUUGAUCGGGUGCAUAAAUGGAGUGAAGUGAACACAGCUAUCAAAAUGAUCCCAGGCGUGGUGGACACAGGCCUUUUCAUUAACAUGGCGGAGAGAGUCUACUUCGGGAUGCAGGACGGCUCCGUGAACAUGAGGGAGAAGCCUUUCUGUUGACCGUGCAGGAGCGAACUGUGUUCACCUUGAGCCCCCGGCCCACAGCUGAGGUGGACAUGCCUCUCCAGGAGCCUUUGCCUUAAUGUCUCUGUGCCAGAUAGACAGCUGGCAGGGUGGGGGUUGGGGGGUUAAAUCCAGUCUUCUGAAGUAUUGUUAUUUAAUGUCUUUUUAAAAAGAGAAAUAUAAACCUAUAUAUUUUUACUAUUAAAAAUACUGUUUUUUUUUAAUAAAGUAGAACUUGAUUUCAUGUUUUAUAUGAAACAUUUACCAAAAAAAAAAAAAAAAGGGAACUGUCUUUUAAACUUUUAACUUGAGCCUGCUGGUUAAGCAUCUGAAUAUUGGGUUUGCUGAGAAACGUAAAUCAAAACUUUUCUUUAAACUGGUGAAAUGAAGGGCCCAGCCAGCAGUGAUUCCCUGAUGCCUUACUGGAAACAUUAGAGUUUACUUUUCUACCACGCUGUCUUGUCUUUAGUUUUUGUUGUGAUCACGUACAAUACUUAGGUACAUAUUUUAAGGUGAGGUUUACAGAAGUCUGGCGAGUGGAGCAGUGUGGUGUAGAGUGACUCAGAGUGUAAACCGUCAGGGAGAAAAUGUGGUUCUUUUGCUAAGACCUGGGGGUUCCUUCAGACCCCUGUUGUGGGAAGCAAUUGGCCAGAAAUACUUGCCAGUCCUGCCAAAGCACUGCUGUGAAAUGUGAAAUACUUUUAAGUACUUGUCUUUUUGUUAUUGUUUCUCUUCCUUUAUUAUUACUUGCAUGGGGCGUCAGAAGCUGUCAUCUCCUCGGACUGUUUGAGGGUUGAAAUAAAACAGUGUGGUGCCACUUUGA